GACGGGUGCUCUUCCGAUCCUGGCGCGUCCGGCAGUAAUGCCACGUAUGAGUCGGUUACCCAUCUCUAAACGCGUAGAGGUGGGGAGCUAAAGGCCAGGCGGCUUACCCGACGUCGAAUUUCUCAAGGUCUGUGUCAGUCGACGGAAUAAAGGUACUACAACAUCUACUAUCUAUCGGGAUCGGAAGACGCCUUACAGCGUUUUCCGAUUUUUGCUCUUUGAGCAUUUUUCUUCAAAUUGCGAUAACCGACCCGAUCACGCGGGGCUUUUACAAAGCAAUGCGUGGUCGGUAAGAUGGUUGCAAUCUUUUCCACCUCGUUUCUUUCACGGAACGAUAGCAAUGCGUGUGGGGAACGUUAAAAACUCCCUUCAUGCAUCCCAGGAUUUAUCCUGCUUACCGCAAAGCAAUGCGUAUCGCGCAAAAGCAAUGCGUGUGGGGGACUUGUCAAAGAUCCCCCGCCGCAAAGCAAUGCGUGUCGGCACCACGCAGAGCUAAGCGUGUAGGCAGACUUUGUCAAAAGUAGUCCUGCCGCAAAGCAAUGCGUGUGGAGACCUUCGCCGGUGAAAGCAAUACGUGUGGGCGAACUUAGAUCUUCGCGCCCACACAUCCCAUGGUGAGGAGCGGCCCAUGUCGAAAGACUAAGCGCCCCGGUAGUGACUACCGUGAAAGUCUAUAAUGGACAGCGGAAACAACGUUGCCUCGGAGCCGAGGGGAGCUGUGGACGUGACCUCAGCAGCUCCAAUCGGGGCGGAGUUAAACGCCGAACCUUGCGAAGGUCGCAACCAAAGGAGGGAGGCUGCCUUAAGUGCUCAAACACGCCGGCGAAAUCCGGCCCGCCGAGCUCGGAAUGCCCAACAGGCUGACGAGCCCGGCGAUGAUGAGGAAAUAGAGACACACGGGCCUCUAACUAUCCGGACGGCGGAGCCGAUGGAGAUUGUCGCAAUAGCGAAAAACCCACAGGCCUGUCCCAAAUGCCUGCAGGGAGGUACCCAACUUCUCUGCAUGGGCAGCUGGGAACUAAGCAGGCACAUCAGUAAAGAACACCCGUCAGUCGACGUGACCUGGGUGUGCGGUGCUUGUCAAAGGCGCUGCACAACGCUCAGGUCGUGGAGCUGUCAUGUUCCGCACUGUAAGGGGCGACAAGAACCAAAGGAUCUGCCGUUCAAAUGUGAGCAUUGCAGCUUGUCGUUUGACUCGCAGAUCGGACUCUCUCAGCACGAGAGGCAUGUCCAUCCAGAGGUGCGAAACGAUAAGCGCGCGGCAGAGGCCAAUAAGCCAAAGGGGAAGAGUGGCCGUAGGCCUUCUAUAUGGUCCGACGAAGACUUGCUGCUUAUCCGGGAAUUAGAGAGCGAAUACCAUGGAGCUUGAAAUAUUAAUGAAAGAAUAGCUGAUCAUUUCCCGGAUAGAACAGGCAGACAGGUGUCGGACGCCCGGAGGCGUAAGGACUAUGCCGCGCUCCGAGAGAGAGGAGGCCCGCAAGGCCCAGCAGAAGGAGUCGAGGCCAUCAAAGAGGUAGACGAAGGCGAAAUCCCUGAAGGGGAAGAGCUGGUCGCCACCGAUGGCGCUGCGUUGGAAAGCGGCCCCCGGAGAAUGGAGGGAGCGCACCCGCAGAACAAGUCAAUGCGCCCGCGCUGGAAAGCAGUUCUCAGCAAGAUCGAGAGUGCAGCCCGGCAGUGGGGUCCGAUGAACAAAUCGAGGACAGCAGUGACGACGACGAAUUCUGCGACGCAUUAGGAGAAAUAUCACUCCCAGAACCUCUCUCGGUUGAACGCACUACAAUCUCACCACCUCCU